CGCUGGGGGGAAGCCGGAAAGAGCGCUGCUUGUAGCUAGUCAUCGCCGUCGACUCGUCGUGGUGGGGGCGACUGGCGAGGCGAGCGAUGGAUCGAACUCUUCCCGUCGCGGCGGCCGUCUCCGUGGUGCUCAUGUGCUUCUCCGGCCUCAGCCGUGCCGAGCGGCUCGGGGCGAGGGAGUGCGAGGAGCUGGGGUUCACCGGCCUCGCCGUCUGCUCCGACUGCAACGCCCUCGCCGAAUUCGUCAAGGACCAAGAGCUGGUGGUGGACUGCCGUAAAUGUUGCACUGAGGAUUCAGAUGAUUCUAUCAGCAAGCUCACAUUCUCCGGUGCAAUAAUUGAGGUGUGUAUGAGAAAGCUGGUGUUUUAUCCAGAAGUUGUUGGCUUCCUCGAAGAGGCUAAAGAUGGCUUUCCUUAUGUGGAAGCCCGUUAUUCCUAUGGUUCUCCACCAAAGCUCAUAAUGCUUGACGACAAAGGCGAACAGAAGGAGACCAUAAGGAUCGACAACUGGAAGCGAGAGCAUAUUCGGCAGUUUCUCAUGGAGAAGGUGAAGCCACUGAAAUCAGACAGCUGAGAGCCUGGGAUGAGUUCCUGUCCCUGUAAAACAUUUCCUAGCUGAUAUCUCAGUAAACUCUAGGGAGUUUGGUUUGUUGCAGGCAAAAUCUCUGCCCAUUUGAAUAUUUCCAUGAUACUUGGGGUUUUUUUGAGUAUGCUAAAGCAGCCACAUCUGAUUCAAAAUAGCAUUGGUACACCUCAAAUGUUUGUACUAGAGAAUUUGCUGGUUAUGGCUUACAUUUGUUCUGUUAUUACUGUCAGUCAGCUGGUACUGUGAUCCAUGCGAAAUUAUUUAUUGUAAUGUGGCGCUUUUUUCCCUGGA